AUGGUACUAAAAUUUGGUAAAGGCGGCAUCAGUACGGGCAGUACCCUACGCUUGACCAACACCGCUAAAUUUUUGGAAUCAGCAUCUGUUUUUUACUCGUUAAACAAGAAAGGACGAUGGAAACUGCCAGAAAUUAUCGAAGAGAAGAUCCAGUCCGAGCUGCCGAGUGCCGACGUGAAAGUGACAUUGAUGAAACUCCACAAACUUCACAGAAAGAACAACUGUAUAGGAUAUUUUACUAACAAGGGAAGUGUUAAAUCGGUAGUUCCUAAGAAAACGAAAUACGUCAACCGCCUAAGUGUCGUUAAUGUUAACCGAAAACCCUUUCGGAACAGGCGCAGAAGACGAAAUAGAGAAGUUGAGCCAGAUCGUAACAUUGCAGACGACAAUGAAAUAAAGUACCAUAUCGUGUAUCCGACACCGUCAUCGAGUGCAGUAACGCACACCAAUCCACAAAAGAUUGGUCACGAUGUGAUGCUGAACACGCACAACCUCGGCAAGACUGCUGUCAGAUCGAAAUGUAGAAAAUGGCGCUGCAUUGAACGUGAUGUGAGAUGUGAUAUGGACUAUACUGAUUAUGAUGCUGUUGAUGAGGAUUCGGGGUUCGAUACGAUAGAAGAAGUGCAUCAAUCUCAAAAACGCUCCUCGUUUUCCGAAUAUUUUGAAAGUGCCCUCGGUCGACCAUCCGACAUCAGGAUCAAAACAAGAAGAAGGCCAGUUAAAAAGUUGCGGAAGCUUAGAAAUAAACCAAUGCUGCACUAUUUAGAGACCCAGGUCAUGGAAGUGGAAGAAGAAAAUUCGGAGUUCGUCUACUCAAGGCCGCCAACUACGGAGUGUCAGCCAGUAGAUGUUCUUAUUUCAAACCAGGAAUCGAAUCCAGAUCAUCUGAAGACGAAAUAUGGUGACAAGGUCACGUUUGCUCAAUGUGAACCUCGAACUUUUAUCAUUGAUAUUACAAACGAAGUAGGUAGUUGUUUGAAAAGCUCAAAAGCUUUUAAGAAAGUCAUCUUCAAAAAGUUAGAACUUGCAACCUUUCUGGUGUUUUCCCUCAAGUCUACUGUCGAUCCUGAUUAUAGUUUGUGGGAAGUGCAAGUCAAUUUACCAACAAAAUUAACUUCAAUAAGAAUCAGCGCUCUCAUCGAUAACAUCAGAAAACUGGAUGUUGACGACGUUAUUUCUUUAACGACGCGUUAUCUUGAAACCAUCCCAGACGAAUGUUUUUACCGCAAGGCUUUAUUACCCAUAACAAAGACUCCAUUUGAGAAGCUCAACACCAUCGACACAUUUGCUCAGCUGAGGGCCAGUAAUUGUCUUUUGGACGAUUUAGCUCAACCAGCCACGGGCGUUUUGUCAGAUUCAAACCAAAAUGACGCGCUUUCUGAGUGGAUUCAAUCACUUAAAGAAGAUAGUGUUUGCAAUAUUUGCUACACGGAUGUGUCCCCAUUUACUUCUCUCCGACCUUGUGGACAUAUUUUUUGCAAUGAAUGUUGGAAAGAGCACCUGCUCAGCUCGUUCACUUUCAAAUCUAAAGUGGUGUGUCCUGAGUAUAAAUGCGACCAAGAGGUGGAUGUGGGAACGAUGCUCAGACUUGUGAACAUUAGAGACAUCCAAAGAUCAGAAAAAAAGAACAUGAACACCAAAGUCGAGUCGUCAUCUUGCAUGAAAUGGUGCCCCAAUCAGAAAUGUGAACGCAUUCUGCAAAAUUAUGAUCUCAAACAGGACUGUGUCAUUUUGUGUGAUUGCGGUAUGUUCGUAUGUUUUGAGUGCAAUGACGAACGACAUUGGCCAGCAUCUUGCGAUGAAUAUGCAUCCUAUAAAAAUAAGUUAAAUGCAUUCGGAGGCGAUGUAUUAAGGAGUGACUUUCUGGACAUUCCCAGAUUGAAAGUUCGUGGUAAGCCAUGUCCUGGCUGUAAAGCAUUCAUCAUCAAGAAUAGAGGAUGUCCUAGUAUGAUUUGUCCAUGUGGCUGUAGAUUCUGUUGGUCUUGCUUGACACCAUUGCGGAACCACACCUACUCAAAUUGCGGUCAAAAGAAUGAACAGGAAGGGGCCAUGGUGCAUGAAUUUGUACACAUUGACAAAAAAGUGGUCGGAAAUCCUAUGAAGUCUAAAUUGUAUAGUAGAGCUGUGGCAUUUCGAAAAAUGAGGCGAGAAAAGCAUAUCAAAGAUUUAUGGUCCAAAACCUUGGGCUUGAAAGUUAGAAUUUCGAAAUGGUUGGCAAAACAUGAUGUUAGCUUUGGAGAUUUUGGAUUGCUCUCUGAACAACAAUUUGAUGAAUUAUUUUCAGAUGUGUUCAAUGUGACCAUGGAACUGAAUUAUCUUAGUGAAAUAUGUUUAGUCAUAUUGGACUCUAAAGCCAAGAUACGGAACAGAGUUCUUCCAAAUUUACGAUGUUCUUUCGAAUGUCUCGAAUUUUACGGUAGGAUGUUAAAUGAUAUCUUAAUGGACAGUGACCUCAAAAACAUCAAAUCUCCCAAAAAACUUUUGACUGAACUUAUCUCCCUAAGACAAACCGCCAAAGGUUUCAUAGCUUCCACUGUACAUGUUAUUAAACAUUUUAGAAACUAUGAAUCUAAGCGAUAA